AAAAAAAACAUGGAGGAUUUUAAUGUCUGUACUCUGCUAACUGCUGGGUCAGACUCUCAUAGCAGCGUUAGUGGCUCCCCUAAUACUUCCUCUGUCGUAGGUGCUGAUAAAGUAAUAAACAGUAAAAUUGAUAGCACCCUGUUUAAAGGAGAACAGAGUGACGAGGAGUUCCUGAAGGCUUUCCUCACGGACACUUACUGCCACGUGUGCUCCACCCAGCUGAAGCUUGAAUCCCACCGAGCGACUCACUAUGAGGGGAAAAAACAUGCUCAGAAAGUCCAAGUUUUCCUUGAAGCUGCAAGAGCAGAGAAGACCACAGGAGCCAAACGUGCCAUGCCCAGUGAUAAAAAUCGUUUCUGCAAGCUGUGCAACAUGGUGUUUAGUUCCAGCAUAGUGGCAAAAUCGCACUAUCAAGGCAAAGUCCAUGCGAAAAAUCUUCGUAAACAAACUCUUCAACCUUCAGCCAAGCACUCAAUAGUUCAGGCUCAUGAAAACCUUGUGCCGAAAUUAGUCCAAGAGGAAAACGUGGAGCUUCACCUGGAUCCAACACCCACCUCAACACCCCCGUUUCCUUCAGCUUCCUGUGGCACAGACGUCGACCUUAAAGACCCCAACAAGUACUGUAGUCUGUGUGUUGCCUUGUUCAACAAUCCACAGAAGGCCCUGGAGCACUACAACGGACACAAACACCAGAAGAAUGAGGCCAGAGAGGAGCUGCUCAGAGAGCUGGGAGAAGAUGUACAACAAG